AUCGCCUCGCUUAUGGGUUUGCGCAUAAGUGCCCCACUAUUCGGCGGGAAUAUUGACAGAAAAAUUAUAUGGCGAUGUCUGCGCUGGAAGUACAACUAGUGGUGCAUGUUGCUUUCUUCCGCACUACGACGAGCUCCAGCCAGGUUUCCAUUCACCACAUUGCCUAUUCUCAUCUCCAGGCAUAUUGUCACCACCAUGCCUCCCAAGAGGAAGUUAACGUCCAGAGAUGAUGCGCCACUUGCCGGAGCGGAUGUUUACCCACUCGAACCAAUCAGCAUCGUUACAUCUGGCUUACCACCGGUGAAUGUCCCAGAUGAUCUUCCUAGCGGUUCUCUGAGGAGGUCUACAAGAGCCAGGAAAGCCGUCUCUUACAGUCAACCGGACUGUGUUCAAGAAGACGACGGAAACGAAAGCCCGUUAACCGAGCUCGAGGAAGACGAACUUGACAAAGAUCUUGUCAAGGCACCUGCAAAGAAACGGAGACGAAAAACCAAGGAUAACGAACCUGUGGUGUACGAUAUACCGCCGGUGGAGAUUAAAUCGACAACGUUCAAGGGCCGUCUGGGAUAUGCGUGUUUGAACACCCUCUUACGCGCUCUCAAGCCGGAUUCAGUGUUCUGUUCGCGAACGUGUCGCAAGGAUACGAUUCAUAAGAACGGGCUUGAUUUUGCAAAGGAUCUUGGAAGACAAAAUGCAAGCGACUUAUAUAAGCUUAUUGAGUGGAAUGAACAAAACAAUAUCAAGUUUCUUCGCGUUUCCUCGGAGAUGUUUCCUUUUGCGUCUCACGCAGAACUCGGGUAUGAUUUGGAGUACGCCAAAGAUGAGCUUCGGGCAGCGGGCGACCUCGCAAAGCGCCUCGGACACAGACUAACGGCCCACCCCGGCCAAUUUACCCAGCUGGCGUCGCCAAAGGACAAUGUCGUCGAGGCCUCGGUUCGUGAACUCGAAUAUCACUGUCAGAUGAUGCGCUACAUGGGCAUGGGCAAGGACAGCAUCAUCAUCAUUCAUAUGGGUGGCGUAUACGGAGAUAAAGAAUCUACAUUGGCACGAUUCAAGGAGAACUACCAGGCCAAACUGACGGAUGAAAUGAAAGCGAGGCUGGUUAUGGAGAACGACGAGAUUUGCUAUAGUGUAGACGAUCUACUGCCAGUGUGUAACGAAUUGGAUAUACCCAUCGUUUUUGAUUACCACCACAACUGGAUAAACCCGAGUAUCCACCCCGUCUCCACUCUCAUCCCCAUGAUCAACGGAACUUGGCAUAAAAAGGGUAUCAAACCUAAACAGCACCUUUCUUCACCCCGACCAGGGGCUGAGAGCGUCAUGGAGAAACGAGCUCAUGCGGAUAGGUGUUUCGAACUACCCGAGGACUUGCCUGAUGAUAUGGAUCUCAUGAUCGAAGCAAAAGAUAAAGAACAAGCUGUGUUUCAUCUGUACAGGAUAUAUGACCUCCAUCCUGUCGUUCAUGAGAACCUGAGGCCGGAGAAACCGCCAAAGCCGUUUGUACGUACGGGACAGGGCGAUGGAGGUGUGGGUGAUGGAGAAGAUGUAAGUGAGACCAUUGAUUGUGUACAGGUGAAGCCGAGGAGGGGGACGAGAGGGAAGGGAAAGGCAAAAGCAGAGCUGGUGCCCAACGUUGAAGACGAUACACUCGUUGGCGUCCCGGCUCUCGUUCCGUCAAUUGCAACCACUAAGAAGAAACCUCGCAGAACUACAGCUGAGAAAGUCUCAAGAGGGACGAAGAAGGGUGAAGCAGGGUAUCACGAAGGGUCUGGAGGGACUGAUACCACGGUUGCAACGAGGAUGGUCAAUCAGGAAGAGUGUGUUGAGCCUGUAGAUGGUGGAGAUGUCGAGAGAGUGGAAGAGGAUGAACAUCCUGAGGUCGUUGCGGCUGCUGAGCAACAACAGGCGAAGAAAGGGACGGCUGGGAAGACGAAGGCAAGGAAAGCCAAAGGGAACGCGAAGAAGGCGAGAUGAUGACUGUAUACUGAGCAGCUAUUGGUGAACUGAGCUAAUUUCAGUUUGUCACAAGCGUCGUUCGCAUGUAUUGGCACAUUUUCUUGCGUAUUAUACUGUACAUUACUGUGACAACUACGAACCACAUUGCACGUUCC